CCGCUAAAAUAUCGGUUCGUUUCCAUCCUAAGCCCGAUAAAAAUCGGCACCCGAGAUUUAUUUUUCACUUCCUCGUCGCUUCGAUAUCUCACGGUUCUCCGGUUGCCGGAAAUGUAAAUCCGGUCACUGGUCCAUUUUCCGGCGAUCUCAAAUAUUUUUUCCGGCAAAUCCAGAGAUGAGGGGAAAAGAUCCAUAUUGGGAGUAUGCCACACCUUUGGAGAAACAUUUGAAAUGUAAUUUUUGUGGGAAAGAGUUAUAUGGAGGUAUCUCCAGAUUCAAGAAUCACUUGGCUCGACUGAAAAACAAAGACGUGGCACCAUGUCCAAAUGUUCCAUUGUCCUUGAGCACCCAAGUUCGUGAGAGUGUACAAUCUGUUGAAAGAAACAAAGUCUCCAAGAAAAAGCGGUCCUCUGAAGUACCUAUCUCCCCUUCUCAAAAUUCAAUCAAUCCAAUCACUCUAGAUUUAGCUUCUCCAACACCAACUAUGCCUUCUCCAUCACUAUUCAGUCCACAAAUUACAACUCCAACUUCAGUUGAUGGUUCUUGGAAAAAACAAGUAAGAGAGGAGGCUGAUAGAUUAAUAUCUCUAUUUUUCUAUGACAAUGGCUUAGCGUUUAAUGCUGCAAAGUCAAGGUAUUACCAACCCAUGAUUGAUGCUAUAGCAAGUUGUGGUGUGGGAUAUAAGGGUCCUAGUUCUGAGGCAGUGAGAACGGCAUUACUGGAGAGGGCCAAGGUAGAAGCCGAUGAAUUUGUUAAUGAUUUAAGGAAAGAAUGGAAAGAUAGUGGGUGCACAAUCAUGUGUGAUGCAUGGAAUGAUAAUAGGUCAAGAACAUUAUUGAACUUUUUUGUCGCUUGUCCUAAAGGAACUGUAUUCCUAAAAUCAUUUGAUGCAUCUGGGCACCUCAAAGAUUCUCAUUAUCUCUUGGGGUUUUUUGAGUCGGUGUUGAAAGAUGUGGGUGUUGAAAAUGUUGUGCAGGUUGUGACUGAUAACACAGAUGAAUUUUUAGCUGUUGGUGAACUACUAAAGAAAAACUACAAAUCCAUAUUUUGUUCUCCUUGUUCUGCACAUUGUAUAGACUCAAUGUUAAAGGAUUUGGGCAGUUUGACAUUGGUCUCAUCUGUUUUAAAUAAAGCUAGAUUGAUUACAAAGUUCAUUUAUGGUCAUAGUUGGGUUCUAGAGAUGACGAGAAGAUUUACGAAUGGGAAAGAGCUACUACAUCCAGGCAUCAUUUGGUUUGCUUCUAAUUUCAUUUCAUUGCAAUGCAUUCUUUGUUUGAAAGAUAACUUGAGGCACAUGUUUUCGCAUCCGGAGUGGAAAGAGUCAAAGUUUAGCAAGAGAGCUGAUGCCCAACCUGUUGCUGUUAUUAUACAGACUGAUGAAUUUUGGUCAGCAGCUCAAGAAGUAAUUGGAAUUUCUGAACCUUUAGUUAAAGUUCUAAAAAUUGUUGAUGGGUCCAAACCUGCUAUGGGUUAUGUUUUAGAAGCCAUGAAUCGGGCAAAAGAGUCCAUAGAAAAACACUUCAAUGGUGUUUCUCAAAAUUACAAGACUAUACUUGAUUUGAUUGAUAAGUGGGAAAAACAACUCCAUACCCCACUACAUGCAGCUGGUGCAUAUCUUAACCCGCAUAUAUUUUACAACAAAUUGCUUCCAUUUGGUGAGCCCUUAAAGAAUGGGUUAUUUGAUGGGCCCUUAAAGAAUGGGUUAUUUGAGGUGCUCCAUAGGAUGGUUCCAGACCAGGAAGAUCAACAGAAGAUGACUGUUGAGUUGCCUAAAUAUGCAUUUCCAACUGGAAUCAUGGGCAAUAACUUUGCAAUCAUGGGCAGAUCUACAACCCUUCCAAGUUUGUGGUGGCUGGAAUAUGGUGUGGAGGCGCCUAGACUACAAAAAGUCGCAAUAAGAGUGUUGAGUCAAGUUUGUAGUGUUUCUAGAUUUGAAAAGAAUUGGAGGUUUUUUGAACAAGUCCAUUCGAAGAGGAACAGAUUAGACCAAGAAAAAUUGGACGAUUUGGUGUUUGUAAAAUACAACAUGUACUUGAAAGAGAAAUGCAAGAGGGGUUUGGAUUUUGCUCCUAUUAUUUUUGAUGAGAUAGACAUCACAUCAGAGUGGGUCACGAAUAAUGAAGCACCUCUUUUACCACUUAGUGAUGAGUCGUGGCUGAAUAAUGAUGAUAUGGAGGCACCUUCAGGAUUUUGAUGUAGAAAGCAUGGCAAUCAUCAGUUCAAGCCAGCAUUGCCCAUUCUAAAAGCCAAAACUCUCUCUCUCUCUCUGUGCAUGAUGUAGAAACAGAGCGUGAUUAGCAUACUGAAUAAAACUGGGAGAGGCAUGUUGGUUUAUUGCCGAAGUUCAUAGAGUUGCAAUCCCAUUGAGGUAAUGUAAUGAUUGGUGUAUGUCCUUGAUGAAUAUCUCUGGAAAAGCAGGGCAAGAAUCCCUUGUGAGAUCUAUUGGUGCUUUACCAAAUGGUUUAAUUUGACUUUGUUAAAAGAAGUUUUUGGGCACCCCAAUUAAGCUCCAAUUUUUGGGAUUUUCCUUAUU